UAGUAAUCAAUUUUUUAAAAAAAAAUCAAAUAUGAAAGCAUAUUUAAAAUGUUAUGAUUUUUCAAAUUUUAGUUGUGAUUCAAUAGUAUUCUAUUGAAAACAUCACUUUUUGAAUUGUCUAGAACUACUAAACCCCUUUCCAACUCCAUUAAAAAAUAAUACUACAAUUAAUAUAAGUAAGUGUUCUAAAAUGUUAUCGAGAGAAAAAAUUGUGCAAAACAGUUCUAAAUAGAUUAAUGGUCAUUUAAAAUUUGUAAUUUCCCUCCCAAAUACGCAAUGGAUUACCUCCCCUACGUAUAGGUGGCGCUGUUUUUUAUUUAUAACAAGAUGUCUGCUCCCAUGGUUGAAUUGACGCCUUGUUCCCUUCGGUUUUAUUUUGAAGGAAAUUGUGGACUUUGUCCAAAAUUUCCCGAGGAAAAUUCACUGAAGUAUGUUAAAGAAUGUAAUAAGAGCAUUGCUGGACAUUUGAGGGCCUGCAGAGUUGCAGAGAAAUCGGUAAGAUCAGAAGGGGAACUACUGUGUCUUAGAGCUGGGAUAUGGAGGUGGAAAGAGAAAACUGACCUUGGCAUAACUGUGUGUCCAGCUCACAGAUACAUGUAUGGACUUGGUUGGAAGCCGCGACUGAAAUGCGACUUUUUUAGGCAUCCCAGUUCCUCAAAAAGUAAAGCACAAAGAGGGAUGUCAGCAAGGAUGUGUGAACUUGCACAACUCAGAUGGGGUGUGCUGUGCAGAAUUGGAACAGGAAUUUGUCGACAAUGCCUUGACAGUUUGUCAGAGGACAGAGAUGAUUCAGAGUCACCAAACAGCUUUGGUGUAACAGAAGAGACAAAAAUAGAGGAGGACAAGCCACAGGAUAAUAAUGACCACUACCAGCUACGUCCUAAACAGGUUAUUACUAUUAAGGACACAUAA